AUGGCUUCCCUUAGCUUGUCCACUCUUCCCACCUCCAGCCCCACAAAAAAGCCUUUAUUUUCCAAAACCUCCUCCCACGUGAAGCAAUCCCAUCGCUUCAAAGUCUCAUGCAACUCUGCCGCUAACAACAAUGAGAAAACAGUCAAAAACUCUGAAACCCCGAAGCUCAUACUACCCAAAACAUCACUUGAAAUGCAGAACGUUGACCGGAGAAACCUGCUCCUGGGGCUUGGAGGUCUCUACGGCGCUGCCAACUUGACAUCCAUCCCGUCAGCCUUUGGCACUCCCAUCGCUGCUCCGGACAAUAUUUCAGAUUGUGUUACUGCGUCGUCAAACCUCCAGAACGCCAAUGACGCUGUAAGGGGUUUAGCUUGUUGCCCUCCAGUCCUCUCAACAGAUAAACCAAAAGAUUACGUCUUGCCUACCAACCCAGUGCUUCGUGUUCGACCAGCUGCACAGAGAGCUACUGACGAGUACAUCGUAAAGUACAAAGCAGCGAUUCAAGCCAUGAAGAAUCUCCCCGACGAUCAUCCACACAGUUGGAAGCAACAAGCUAAGAUCCACUGCGCUUAUUGCAACGGUGGUUACAAUCAAGAACAGAGUGGUUUCCCAGACAUACAACUCCAGAUUCACAACACAUGGCUCUUCUUUCCUUUCCACCGAUGGUACCUCUACUUCUACGAGAGGAUUUUGGGGAAGUUGAUUAAUGAUCCAACUUUCGCUUUACCAUACUGGAACUGGGAUAACCCUACCGGAAUGGUGCUUCCUGCCAUGUUCGAAACCGACGGCAAAAGGAACCCUAUCUUUGACCCUUACAGGAAUGCGACACACCUCCCACCAGCUAUCUUUGAAGUGGGAUAUAAUGGGACAGACAGUGGCGCCACUUGUAUAGACCAGAUAAGCGCUAAUCUGUCUUUGAUGUACAAGCAAAUGAUCACCAACGCUCCUGAUACAACAACGUUCUUCGGUGGAGAAUUUGUUGCUGGGGAUGACCCUCUUAACAAAGAGUUUAACGUUGCUGGGUCCAUAGAGGCUGGGGUUCACACUGCGGCGCAUAGAUGGGUGGGUGAUCCUAGGAUGGCCAACAGCGAGGACAUGGGAAACUUUUACUCCGCCGGGUAUGACCCUCUCUUUUACGUCCACCAUGCCAACGUCGACCGGAUGUGGAAAAUCUGGAAAGAUUUGGGAAUCAAGGGACACACUGAACCGACGUCUACCGACUGGCUAGAUGCUUCAUACGUGUUUUAUGAUGAGAACGAAGAGCUUGUACGUGUCUAUAACCGAGACAGUGUAAACAUGACUGCAAUGGGAUACGACUAUGAAAGGUCCGAAAUCCCGUGGCUCCAUAGUCGAUCGGUUCCACAUACCAAGGGGGCCAAUGUUGCAGCUAAACUGGUCGGAAUCGUGAAGAAGGUGGAAGACGUUACAUUCCCGUUGAAGUUAAAUGAGACAGUGAAGGUUCUUGUGAAAAGGCCUACUAAGAAGAGGAACAAGAAGAACAAGGAGGAAGCGAAUGAGAUGUUGUUCUUGAAUAAAAUCAAGUUCGAUGGUGAGGAGUUUGUCAAGUUUGACGUGUUUGUCAAUGACGUUGACGAUGGAGUGGAGACUACCGCAGCUGAGAGUGAGUUUGCUGGUAGUUUCUCACAAUUGCCCCAUGGCCAUAAACAUGGCACCAAGAUGUCAAUGACGAGUGGAGCGGCGUUUGGGCUCACGGAGCUGUUGGAGGACAUUGAAGCUGAAGAUGAUGACUCUAUUUUGGUGACUUUGGUGCCCAAGAUAGGGUGUGAUGAUGUAACUGUCGGCGAGAUUAAGAUUAAGUUGGUUCCCAUUGUCUGA